GAUGUAGAUAUUUAUUCUCAAGAAAAGUAUAAUUCUUCACAUCAUAAAAAGCCCAAUUUAAUACUUGUUUUAGCGUUUUACUGUCCAUUCAAAGUGAAUGUCCGAUGUCUCUUUUAAGACCUUGUUCUAAACGGCAGAGAAGAGAAGUGCGACGUCACAAAAAUUCGAAUGGGAUUGGUUAGCAUAUUUAGAAACCUGCCAAAAAUCAGCCCUUUUUAUGGGAAUAAAUAGCACCGCCUUGCGGAGAGAGUAAUCCACCUCGGCAGAAACCACCCUCCUCUACCCCGGUUGAAAAACUUCUGGAUCUCGGCAAUCCGCAGUCCUGCAAAUAUGGCAGAAAAAAUUGGCAUGUGUUACUUUCGUGUGCAUGGUUGCACUGGGGAGCAAAACGUCAGCCCAUACGUUUCUUCCAUCGUUCGAUAAUGCAAAUAGCCGCCUCUGUCAAGAAAGAUUCUUGAGAUCUAGAAAUUAUGCUACCAUAAUAACGGAACGACACAUUUCUCCUCUCUUUUCUUCAGAUUCAGGUGGGUGGGGGGGGGGGGGGUCUCCCAGGAAAACUGUGGUUCAGGCCGCCUGGCAGGAUGGCGUCCCGUCCCCCGGCAGUUAAAAAUGCGGGGAAAGUGUUUCUCGGAGAAGCGGAAAAAAAAUUUGGAUUUAUAACGGAAAAAAUGGAGAACCGAAGAAAAAAUGUGUGGUGUGUUUUUUCUGUUUGGGUGGGUGCGCAGGGGGGCAAAAAAGUCAGCCCGACUCUUUUUUCCAUUGUAGCAAUACUCAAAACGCCCCCCUUGUAAAAAAAGUUUUUUAAGAACAAAAAAUUUUACUACAAAAAAAAAGGAACCACCAUUUUCCCCCUUUUUUUUUGCGGUUUGGGGGGGGGGGGGGGGGGGAGGUGUCUCCAAGGAAAUCUGUGGUACAGUCCGCCUGCCAGUAUGACGUCACGUCUCACGUCAGUAAGAAUGGCGAGCAAAGUGUUCAUCGAAGAGACGGAUAAAAAUUUCGAUUUUAUCACGGAAAUACUGAGAUUUGAAGGUCCCUAUUGUCAUAGAAAACUAGACUUAAGUACUUUUUUGGAAAGAAACAUUCACUGGUGUAAUGAACUUUAAAGAUUCCUUUCUAUCUUCGAGCAAAUUUUAUGGGCAAUCAUACCGACCGGCCACACUUUUGAGGGCCAGUGCACAGCAAGAUUGAGGAAUUUAGACACACCAAUAGGACGUUCAUCAAAGGAUGUAUUAUACUUUACAUUCUGCGUAUUUUCAGCUCUUCAGAGCUAGUGGAACCCCAUAUCAAUCCUUGCAAAGUUUGCUUAGCUGUACCUUUUAAAGACUCGGGAAGCUAAAUGACAGGCCGGGUAUUUGUGAGCAUUCACCUAUAAUUCUGUAAUUAAAUCCCGAAAACAAAUAAAAGGUUUCGUUUAAUUAUUUUUUCUGGGCAAACCCAGUGCCCAAAUGCGCAAACAUAUAAGCUCUCCCUUACACUGGGAAAGGUCAUAGCCUUAUAGCUCUAUUUUAACCUUUGGGAUAUUUCUAAUUUUCAGGUAGCCUUCAAGCAGCUGGCAUUAUCUCUGCUUUAAUAUCCGUCAUAAGCCUCUUACACUUUAUAAAGUGCCAUCGGUACGCUUUUUGUCUUUUAUGUUGUUGUUUUGGACAUCUACACGUACUAGUAGUUAAAUCUAUUGAGUAUUCUUACGGACACGUCUUGUUUACGGAAACUGUGCUUUGUCUCAUUAUACAAUUCCUACUUUAAUAGAGUGGACGAUUUUGUAAUUAAGACAGAUUAAUGUCCCUUCACAAUACCUUCCAUUAUUUCUCUACACACAGAUAAACAGGUAAAAAGCUAAGUUAGUUGCCAUUUUCUAAGCCUUUAGAUGCCGUCCUUACCAGCGAGAUUUUUCUUACAAACAUGUGAAAAUUCAACUUUAUAAGCCGCCAUGCUGGAUAAAGCGUGUCGUCAUCCUGCCAACUUGAAAAUGGCGGAAAGCUCAAAUUCAGUUGAAAUUUUCUUCUUUUUGUGACUAGUGUAUGGUUUUAAUCUCACUCUUUCCAACGCUGAUGAAUCGAAGUCUGAGUGACUUCGUUUCGUUGUCUAUAUUUUUGCUCUCAGUUUUGGAAUUUUCUAAACUAAAUAACAAUUAUUCACCGAAGUGGAGGUGGCUAGCGGUAGUUAUUUAACGAGCCCCCGAAGCGGCGAGGUAAAUCAUCCACCACUAGCCACCGACACUGAGGUGAAUAUUUGUUUUAGUAUAUACUAAAACAGUGAGAUAAUUGAGCACAAAAAUGAUGAUUUUUAACUCAUUUACUGUUGAACGAUUACAAUUUUGGCGCGCAAUGACCGAGCGGCCGCGGUCGUCGCUUUUUCUUGCCGACAAAUAAAACUUUUGAAGGCAUUUGUUUAGGUCUUGCGGGGAAAUUUCUUCAAAAGGGGUUGCGAAUUCUUUGUGUAUUUAAAAUCAUUCUGUAAAAAGGACGAUUAAAUUUAGGUUUAAGUUUAUUUAUGAACAAGUCAACUAAAUAAAGUAACGCAGGGCUUAAGCUUAAUUUGCAUUUGUAAACAAAAAACUUUUUCACCGGUUUUAUCGAUAAAAAAGACAAAGUUUUAUACCUGUUAAAAUUUCCAAACCGAACUUCAUCACCUUCUCCGUGUAUUUCGGGAACAGCUUGCUUGAUUAGUUGUGAAAUUCUUUGUUUGUUACGACAGCAAACCGGGAAGGCAUUUUGCUCGCACCUUACGCAUCGCUCACUCGGAGGAACUGGAGGUGAAUCAGUGAACAGUGCAGGAUAUUCACUGAUUGAGUAACCAAUAAGAGCGCGCGAAAAACACUAUCCACUGUUUUAGUAUAUACUAAAAGGUUUUAAUCGUUUUUGUUCCAUGCGUUUAAGAGAUCACGUGCUCCAGCUUUAUAGAGGUCAGAGAACCGUCUACCAAGGUGUUGAUAUGUCCCCCGCUAAACUAGUGGUAGGUAUAGACAUAAUGUUCAUGUAAAUGAACCCCGAGGCUACAUUCAUACUGCACCGGACGAAUUUUCGACCCGCUGAAAAUAUGACCGGCCACUUCGUUCACACCGAACAGUUCAAUAUUUUCGCUCUGUUAACAUCGAAUCUUGAACGGCUAGGCGUCUAAACUUUCCCACGGUAAUGGUGGUUCCGUGUGUACCGAUGAUGAUGGCCGCGACUUUUGAAGCUGGCUAGUUUAGUGUUAUUUGUUACCUUUUUUGUGUGUUUAAAUACUUUAGUUUUUCGUGUAAGAGUUCCUGUUUGCGUGUGUGUGUGCGUGUGUGCGUGUUUGUGUUUUAAUGAAUAACAACGCUGUAAUAGAAUAAAGUCAAUCUUGUUAAAGCGCCAUAAUCAGUUUUACUAUAAUGUGCCCUUCUCCAUUCUAAUUUUAUUUUUCUUUAUUUUUCUUAUGUACACGUAGUUUAAACAACCUUGUACUAAUUAAUAUUGUACAACUAAUGUAUUAUCUAUAGAAUGGAGUAAAAAAUAAAAUACAAAUACAAUACGUGUGUACCGAAACACCGAAUUGCACGGACUUUCAAGAAUUUGUCCGGUGCCAUGAAAAGGUAGCCUUAGCCGUAGAUUAAACUUACAAGUCAUUCUUCUUCUUGUAAGUCAGUCUUCUAUUUUUUUGUAAUGACUGUGUCUUUGCCUACGCCCCAACUAGAAAUCAGCUUUUGUUGUGUGUGGCUAGCGUAGUUAAAUAGAUUUAUUGAUUGACUGAUUGAUUGAUUGUCAUCGGGGAUAAUUUGAAUCCUUUGAUGAUAAUCUUUUAAAUGAAUUAUUUUCUCCUCUACCCUUCAAUGUUACACUUGCAAUUGUUGAAUGCAAUUUUGGAAUUGUUACAAUUUUGAUGAGAGCAAAAAUGCUUGUGUUUCGGUUUUUCCAAUUGUGAAAGAUUUUUCAACUAAGCAGUACUUGGCAAAGUUUGGAUUAUUCUAAAAAAAUCCAGAUGGUGGCCAUUUGAAUAAUGUCACAGAUGCUGAGCAGUACCACAUUCUGUAACAUCUACAUCAUCGUAACCUAGCAAAAACUAUAAAGGUUUGGCUUGGGCAUGGGAAUAGUGGAUGCUAUCAACAUAUAAUGUGUACAAGCUUAGCUAAGCUUUGUUUUGUUACGUUGCAGGGGAGAAGCCUCAGAUUUUCUGGGUAUCAGAUCGCCCAUACACUGGCAGGUAUGAGAAGUUGUCGUUUUCAUAAACCCGAGAGAGAGUUGGCGACUGAGAGACAUACAAACAUUGUCACCUUCACCAGCCUAUUUAUAACGCGAGCAAGCUCUCCUGGGGCUUACGGGGGAGGAGCUUGCUGCUCUAUAUCUAACUGGUCUCCAGUCGUCUCUAUUUGGAUCGCACGCGGAGGAUGGAACACGAAAAGCUUGACCGAACCGAGCACAAGGGGUGAUGGGAAGGAGUAAAAAAGGGAGUGUCUUCCCUCAUUCCUCCUUCCCAUCACCCCUCGCGCUCCCCUUGACUGCACUUCUCUCGUUAAUAAGGACUUUAAGAUGCGGCGACGGCGACGGCAACGAGAACGUAAAAAAGCAAUAGGUUUAAUAGGCAAAACAACAUGUCUACACGUGCAUCACGAUUUUUGUACAUCUUUUUGCCGUCACUGCACGACUACGACAUUAAAAUUCCUGAUUUCAAUUUUUCUGGAGGACGUAAACAAGCGACGUCGAAAUUUUCUUUUUAGUGAACUAGGAUAUGGUUCUUGUGAAUUCAACCCCAGGAAAGUUCGCAUACAUUUGAUAAGGUGCUAGUGAGUUGGAAUAAUCGCGAUGAAAGAAAAGAACUCACUUUUUAAGCGACGUUUUCGCUGCCGUCGCCUUCCUAUGAUCUUAAGAUCCCUAUUAUUAAUAGGAGACUGACAGACGACUGGGAUGACUCAGGUUCCAUAUGUUUUCUGUUGCGAACAUAAAGUUACGAACUAAAGUUAGCGUGAGUGUGCAAAAUGUUACUACCUUAACAAAUAAUGCACCCAAAAACUUCAAGUUCGUUGUCCCUUCUUAAUCACAUUUUGGAGAAAAAUGGUUAAAGGAAGGCAUUGAUGUUUUUGUUAGGUAGGCAAUAACUUGAUUGAGUAAAUAAGCAUCUAGCCUGCGUGGCAGGCGUUUGAAAGGGAAGGGAAACGGGGUUUUGGGCGCGAGGAGCGCGCCCCUCGCGUUUCUCUCGCACCUAAAACUCCCUUUCCCUUCCCUUUCAAACGCCUACCACGCAGGCUAAGAAUCAUCUUGUUAACGUGUCGAGAGUGUUUUAAACAGCUUCAAAAACAACUCCCAGAGGAUUAUAAAAAGCUUGUUUUGCCCAAAAAGUGCGAACAAAAAAAUCAAGAUAACAACGAUUGGUGAACGGUAGUCGAGUAAAUGAAUUUUGAAUUUUCAGUACACACAGUUCACGCGUUUACAUGCCUUCAGGAUACCGCUAUCCAAAAUGAAAUUUUAAUUGAACUAAAAUUACAUGUUUUUUUAAAUUGAAAUGACGACCAUGUCGACGAUACUGAUGAUGAUGAAUCCUUUGUUUCUGAACCAAAGGAUCGCAGCCUCCAGCUGAAGACCAGAAUGUAGUGACUACAGUGAAUGCAGUGUCAAGAGAGCAAUAAACCCAACUUAUGCCCAGCUUAUAGUCUUACAGAAAUUCAAGGGGUUUUUUUAUUUAUAAUAUGCUUCGCUGUUUGCUUAAUUUUUGUAGGUUACGUCAUCUUGUCCAUUUUUUUGGCUUUUGUGUGUGUUUUUCUCGCAAUUAUCUUCAAGUACGUGAAGAUUUUUUUGUCACCAGAGAUGUGGAAUGCUUACAAACAGAUGAUAAUUGCAUUUCUGUAAGUUAAAACGUUAUCGUUACACGAUUUUCUUAGUCCAUCUCAAUUUUUCGGAGUCGAAUAAUAGAAGGGCGGUCUUCAUGAACCUCGGUGAAGGGCCUCGCCCAUUGCUGCUUCGCUUUUCGAGUACCUUUUCUAGCUUGAAUACUUUGUUACUGCAAUUAUCCAAUAGAGCCUCUACAAGAAAACUUCCACGUGUCUAGUGAGAAGAGUAGACUUCAGAAAACCUCGGACUCAGAUAGUUAAAAGGUCAUGAUUGCAAUCAGUUCGUGUACAUUCGUAUCAUAUCUUGCAUAAACCCGUUAAGCGUAUGUCCCAUUUGUACCUGGUAUACAGCCUUUAACUUUUCUCUAGUUUUCCCAUAUCUCAAGUGGAUAAAGCGCCGUUGGGUGUUUGGGAUGUUGGAGAAUGGAAUCCCGUAGGGCACUCAAAACUUUGGCAUUUUUGACGAGUAUUGUCCAUCUCGACGGAUUAUCCGUUGGAUAAUUCAUCUCAGACAAGGAAUCCGUGUGUGAAAAUGGGACGGUUUUUAAUUUUGGGCGAAUAAUCUGCCUGGCCAUCCCUUCUUGGUAUGAUUGUACUCGUCUCUUUAUUUUUCUUUAUUUUUACAUGAAGCCUGGGAAAACAGUCGACGUUUCGCGAAGCAACCAACAGUUUCUUCUUCGAGCGAAGAAAUUCCAUACUGAUAACAUGUCACUACCCUCAGGAUGGAAUUUCUGCGCUCGUCCUUCAGUCCUCAUUUCGCGAGGAAAGCAUCCUGGUGGCGUCGCAAAAUGUCGGCUUUUUUCUGAGGCUAAAAAACAUGGACAAUACAUCCACGUCAGUAGUAUGAAAACGGGCUUUGUGUCCCAUUAUUCUGAAGUGCCGAUUGUUAGCCGUUUUCACCCUAGAGACGGAUAAUCCGUCAUCAAAAUCAGUCUAUCCAGUCCGUCGUGAAAGCUGUCAUUAGGGAAACGUUUCUUAUUUUUAGAUUAACCACUCUUACUUUCGUUAACAGACCAACAGUGAGCAUGGUUGUUUUCUUGGUGGUGUUCCAGUUGUUCCUAGCUCACUUCGUUUUCCGAAACAGAGAUUUUCCAGACAUAACCGUUACUGUGGAUAACAGGUACAUUUAUACCCUACCACUGUAUGUCUUGAGACUGUAUACACCCAAUAUUAUGCAGAUUUAGAAAAGACAAUGUGACGACAGUGACGGCGAUGAAUUUAGAGAAAGAUUAGAGGAAAGCAUGGGGGACAGUAGCAAGCCAACUGUUGAAGACGCUGCCAAGGUUAUUCUAACUGAAAACGACGUACCUGCUGCAUCAGGAUAUUUUUGAAUUCUGUUAUAGUGAAGAUUCUUAAGUGACCUUUAAAUUCGAGGACGAGAACGAAUACGACUACGAGAUUCAACUUAAAGUUUUUUCGCGUAUUCUCAAAAGAUAGACGCCCCGAAAAGCUUCAUUGUACUUUUUUUUCAUUAGAAAAUAUAGCACUGUUAUAUUUAUUGAAGGAGGUUAAGCCCUCUCUCGAUCACAAAAUGAUUAAACUUCUAACAUUUUAUAACUUGUUCCCGCCACUACGACAUUCUCGCUAAAAUUCGCAGUAGAAUGACGACGGCUACCAAGUUUUCCCGCCAAAAUGAUGUUGGUUCACGCGAACGCACUACUUACUAUUGAGGAAAUCUCGUACUCGUAGUGGAACUCGUCUUAGAAUCUUAAGGUCUGCAAUUUGGAACGCAAUAGUUGUAGUGCCCUAUCAGGGUAAUCUUUUAUGGUGUCCCUCUAAACGAUCCCAGGAAGCUUUGUGGUCGUAUAUCAUAAACUCGUUUAGAACACUUUGUCCCAAACGUUCUGGCCUGGGUUGAAGUUUUUUCCUUUUCACUUAGAAAUAUAUUAAAGGAAAUUAUUAAAAUUGACAGGUCUAGAGAUAAGGAAUAGCAUUUGUUUUUGUUCUAAAUGUAAACUUUUUAACGAUCUCGUUGUUUUUUUGUUUUUUUUUUUUUAUUUCAGACGAUUAUUUUCCAUUAUGUCAUACUUCUUUUUCUUCUACAACGUAAUUGUUGGAUUGUUUGCUUGCGUCAUUCGCAUUUUGAAAGGAAUGAUCCUGGGAACUGUGUUUUUGUCUCGUAUUGACCGGACAUCGCUGAUGCAGGGAUUCCAGACUUUGGACCAGGGUACGUACACAUAAUUGAAGUAAUAAUGAUGAUGAUGAUGAUGAUGACGACGACGACGACGACGACGAUGAUAAUGAUGAUGAUGAUGAUAAUGAUGAUGAAGAUGAUGAUAAAGAUAAUGACGAUAAAAAUGACGAUUUCAAUGAUGAUGAAGAUGCAAAAAUGCCAAACUAUUCGUUACUGCUAACGCGCUUGGGAAGUUGACCCCAGAACUUCGCAAGCAUACCGGCUUUAGAGAGUUGUGAGGGCCUGUGUUGCCAGUGACAGGCCCCAUAUUUCCGAAAAGUAACCCAUGGCAGGUAGUAACGGUGGCUAUGUCGCACAUAGGUUGGCAACAUACAUGUAUGAGAACCAUGCUUAGUCAUUUUAACGUUGUUGUUUUAAUUAUAAGUGCAAAAAACUUGAUCAACUGUUUACGGCUUCUGAUUCAUACAACUCUACAGUACUUUGUGAUAGAUGUUUAUGAAAUAAAUCAGUACUUCUACAGUUCUUUAUAGAACCCUAUUAUCUUCAAGUUUUUCUAUCGCUUUUUUGCUAACCUCAGCCCGUGACUGCAUACUUUAGUGCACUAUAAAAUACAUAGAGAGUGAUUAUAACUUACCUCACGUUUUUUCUGUUUCCAUUAAGCCUUCGUAGCGUACCUUGGAUUUAUCAACGUUCUUGUGGCGCACAGCCAUCCCGUGAUGCUCGUGUUCUGUCAACUGCUGAUUAAAAGAAAUAAAGAUCGCUGGCUCGAAGAGUCUCUUCCGCAAAUCCAACCACUCGAAUCUGAUGUUGAGUCAGACGAAGGGAGUUGUAUGUAUUUCCUCGUCAUUUAUACGUAAAUAUUAGAGCCUGAUUUCUCACUCCAAGUCCAUGACAGAAUCUCGCGCCCCCAGAUUUUUCUGACUUUCGUCAGCUCUUGUUCUCUUUCCUGUUAUUGUUCAGGGAAAUGAAUGUAACUUAUACUUUUUGUGUUAAAACAUCUCCUUACUUCUUCAAAUGCAAGUUCACAGUCGCAACAAAGGAGGCUUAAAGUAUGAUGGGAGAGGACCAUUAUCCUUCGUUAAGAAUAAACAUCCUGAAUUUUUGUUGGGCAAGGGACGCUUAAUAAUUUUUUCGUUUCUUUUUCAUAUUCAGGUUACACUCGAGAGAAUCGUCUUCCACGCAUGACUUGUAAAGCAGCCAACCGCUGGCACGUCGCUGUGACACUGCUUCGUAACCCGUCUCUUAUCAAAUAUCGAAAGCAGGGUGGCCAGAGAAUUCUGCAUUUUGAGAACCUAGGAAGCAUCAACAAUGAUGAUUUAAGCGCUCUUGUUUAA